AGAUCCCCUAACUGUCUUCCGCCGAAGACGGAAGGUUUUCGAUCAAAUGAAGUUUGAUGGGUCCAAUCAUGAACCAAAGAAUCCUCAUGUGCGAGGCCAAGACCAUCCUCACUGUGAAAGUCUUGACAUGAAAUCCCACUCAUACGAAAAGAAAAUCUGCAUUGAAAUACCGGAGUCAAGCAUCAAUUUCAACGGCCACCUCCAGACAGUAGCAGAGAGUGAAGAAGGUUGUCUGAACCUGAGCAUUCUGGAUUCCGGUCACACUGUCAAAGAUGAUUUGCAUCUCACUCUUAGCAGCUCUGGUCUGUGGAUGGGGAGUCAUGCAUCCCAACAGCGCUUCCGAAGUGAGUUCAAGGAAGUGGAUUUCAUCGGAAAAGGUGGCUUUGGGAAAGUCUACAAGGUGUAUCACUAUUUGUCAGACAGAGAGUAUGCAAUCAAAAAGAUUGAGAUCAAUGAUUCCAACGCUGAGCAUGUUCAGUCUGUGAUACGCGAGGUUCGAAUGCUUGCAAAGCUGGACAAUCACGGGAACGUUGUUCGGUAUUACAACGCAUGGAUUGAAGAAGAUUUCUCGGCAAGAUGGAAAUAUACUCUUUAUCUUCAAAUGGAGUACGUGAUGUGCAGGACAUUGGAAGAAUGGCUUAGUAGCGAAAACCGCAAGGAAGUUGAUUAUGCCGAAUCUUUCAGCAUUGUUCGACAAGUAACAUGUGCUCUCGAAUGGAUUCAUAGCCACGGAGUUGUUCACCGCGAUCUGAAACCAAGUAAUCUCUUCAUUUCCAUUGAUGGAGUGAUCAAGCUUGGUGACUUUGGCCUCGCACGUGAAAUAGCAAAAUGCGCAGGAGACACGGAAGAGGCCAGCCCUCACUCUUACUCAUCCAACCACACGCAGGGUGUUGGGACGCAAGUUUAUGCAUCACCUGAACAGCUGAAGGGAAGGCAGUGCAGUGACAAGUCUGAUAUCUUCAGCCUGGGGCUCCUCAUUGUGGAAGUUCAUCACGUCUUCAGGACUGGAAUGGAACGCGUCAUGACCUUGUCAAACGCGAGACAGUCCAUGUUCCCGGAGUCUUUUGACAGAGACUUUCGAUUCAUGAGUGCCAUGGCACGCAAAUGUGUCUCGGACAACCUGGACAAGAGGCCAAGCGCAGCUGAGCUGAUGGUUUCUUUCUGCCACACGCCUGUGAACAAAUCUCAUCUGCUGCACCAAGAUUUGAAUGUCUCCAGCCCUAAGAUUCGCAUCAGCAUGUUCCCCUCACCGGACAGCAGCCCGUCCACUUCUCCGCAGCAGGAUGUCCAGUGUGAUCCCUUUUCUGCUGACAAGCUCGAGGCGAUCGAUUUGAACCAGGACAAUGACGCCGGAUCGCCCGACGUGCCUGCACCGCGAUGUUCGUGCACGAAAGCCAAGCGAGUGUUGCACGGAGACUUUGUUGCCGACGGCAGACAUCAUGACUCCAAGGAGCACAAGAAUGGCAGGCAGCUGCAGGAAUGUGCACAGGGCGAGGGAUGCGAUUGCACAUGUCCUCGUGUGAAAGAGCUUGAGAAGAUUGUUGACAAGUUGCUGCACGAGAAGCGAGUUGCUCAAGACCGCAUCCAAGAGCUCGAGCGCCUUGUGCAACAACAGGCAAGUCUUGCUGCGUCACUCCUGUGCCUUGGGAAUGUUGUAUAUACAGAUGAUGGUUCCUCCUGCAAAAUCCCUAUCCUUCGGAAUCGUGGACCGAAAACGCACAGCGGGCAUAUCUACUCCUUACAGUAACAUGCGCCUGCUAUAUGCUUGACCUUGUAGUCUAGAAGUCGCUGCUGAAGCCAUUAGUAGUGUCUGUGUAAAAUGGUAUUUUAUGAACUGUAAUCUCUUCCU